GUAGCAUACGUAUUUAUUACCAUUUGGAUCAAGGGCCGGACGAGACUUCUUGCCGCGGGAGAAAGCCCACGAGACACGGCUGUGCUCCAAUUCUUCUUUGAGGGACGAUGCUGAGCCUGUGAUGCGCUUGCCGUCCACAGCCAUGGCCACAACUGCAGCAUCUCCUCAACCCUCACACCCUGCGCGACCCCCUACACCUCUUGCUGAUACCUCUACCGCCACCGGCACUGGCACCGGCACGGACACCGCUGCUGGCACUCGCAAUGGUUCUGCAUCGCAAACCCCUUUAUUGGGCGUUACGAGUGAAGGAGGUGCGGCCAAUGGAUUCGGUGUCUUGCAACAUACUGGCCCGCCGGUACAGGAUGAUAUCCCAGGCCUUUACAGAGAUGGACGUGUACGUAACCCUGUGCCCAGUAAGCUGAAGGGCAAGACCGAUGCGUCGAAAGGAAACUUUGGAGUCAUGCACAUAGACCUCACAACUACCAACGAAAGUAGGGAGCGUGAUGCAGCAGCCAAACGCACGAGUGAGGGAACGCAGCUUGCGGCCAGACUGGCCCAAACGGACCGUUACGUUCCAAUCAGACGGAGCAAAUUUGUCUAUCGACCAGAAGUACAUGCCUCGAAUAGUCCACCGCAGCUCAACGCUCCGCAACCGAACGCACCGCAACUCAAUAAACCGCAGCAAAAUGCACCACAGCUAAAUACACCGCAGCUGAAUGUGCAAGUCAAUGCGCCGCAGCUAAAUGCACCGCAAUCCAAUAAACCGCAACUCAACAAACCAUGGCCCCAUAGACCGUCGCUCACUACGCCGCAGCUGAAUGCACCGCAACUCGAUACACCGCAGCUCAGCCGACCGCAGCUCAAUGCGCCAUAUAAUAGAGAGCCUGUCGGAGAAACAGCCCGCCAGGGGAAGAGGACCUCGGCACUCACAGCCGCGGAGACGACAGCUGAACAAGCUCGACUCUUGACUCUGUUACGAAGCCUGGACCCUGAUCUGGUUGUUGACCAGCUCUGCAAGGGACUGGAAUUCUUUGGAGGAGUUGCCAGCGAGCACACAUCACCUGGCGGAUCAUUUCCGGUCAGCGCCGAGGCGAAUGGGUCUGGGUCUCUCUUUGUUGGCUGGCUGGCAGAGAUCUUUCCGGCUCUAGGCCAGGAGCCACUACCGAGCGCACAACAAACGAACUUGAGACGACCACGUGGUCGUCCCAAAGGAAGCAGAAAUGCGAAGGGAAAGCAAGUUGAUCAUGUUGGGCAGCGACUGGCUUCGGGAGCUCGUGCAGCAGGAGCAACAACGGACAACAGUGCGGUUGAUGACACGGUGGAAAGAGCUGCGGUUGAUGAUAGCUGGGUCGAUGUUGAUGACACUGUUGCAGAUACUGAAGGAGAGAACUCGCAAGUGAACGUCGAGCGGGUGGUAACGACUCCAGCUUCUAGUCGGGCAGUAUCCGGCCCAGGCGCUUCCGGUGGAAUGCCGGAAUCUGGCUCCACUCAGACCUCGACAAUCACGCCGACCCCUAAGCGAAGAGGGAGACCCAAAGGCUCAAAAAACCGACCGAAAGAUGUGGCGCCCUUAGCUGACGAUGCUCCUGAGGAUACAAAUGGUGUAUCUGAGAGCCCAGCGAUAGUACAGUCAACGGCAGUUAAUCCUCCCGAAUCAUCAAGCACAACCGGCGGUCUUGGUGAGCUCGGAACAUCGCACGUCAAGAAACGUAAGGGAGGCCCUGGCCGUCCUAAGGGAUCCAAGAAUCGACCGAAAGAAUCGGUAAUUGUGCCUGACUCUCAACCUCAACCACCACCGCCUACAUCGGUUGCAAACGACCAACGAAGUGGGCCACAGUCCGCCGUAGUGGGUGAUUCGGAUCUGGCGGUGCCUGCUGCUAAUUCCACAUCAUCUACCCGAGGCCAACAUCACGAUGUGGAACCUGGCAAUCAAGUGAAUAUGGCUUCUCAGCCGGCGCCGGAGACUAUCAGCGAACCUGCUGCCGCGAAGCCACAAGCUAGCGAAGCCUACAGAGCUGCAAAGCGCAAAAGGAAGGCUUCUCAAGAAGGCAGAAACAGCAAUGCCGGUAAUGAGUCGCUGACAGCUGCCUCAGCUUCAGAUCAAAAUCAUGCCGGUGGGCUUACUGCAAUCACCAGCGAGAGCCCUUCAUCGCCGCAGAUGACCCGGUCUCAAGGAUCACGAGUUCAGGAUCGCACGCAGGCCCAUCAACCAGUGACCAAGAGACAGAAAUUACCGGGUCAUCAGCACCAAGAUGCUGCCUCAAACAGCCGAAUGACGCAAGCUAGCCAGAAUAGUCAGACUGGACAAAGGGGCCAGCGCGGGUCACAAUCGAUAGAGUCAACGCGGACAACCCUUCAAAACAGCAGCCUCAUAGAUGCAAAUACUACUAAUUUGCAGAGGUCAAGGAAUCAGAUGAGCGGCUCUGCAAACCGAUCAUCGCUCCAACAGCCCGUCGACACGCAGCAACCUCAGUCUGAUCUGCGACUUCGAUACAGCCAGAGCCUCGCAGCCUCAUCCGCCAGCCGAGGAGUCGAAAGGGCCGAGGCAGCGGAACCCUACUCGUUGAACGUAUCAUCAAGGCAAGGCAUGUACGAUCAAGGCGGUUUGGCUCAGGAGCAACAGCAUCAACAUCUCUUCCAUCAGCAAGAGCAACACCGGCCCAUUUUACAGAACCGACCUAAUGGCAGUCAGCACCGCCUUAGCAGCUCGGGUACCGGCCAAAUUCCGUCAACACUAGGGCAAAAUGGGGACAACUAUACAGAGUCUACAAGUGACGCAGAGUAUCACGGGCUAGUGGGCCUUCAGCAGCCUACGUAUAGCACCCACAUGACCGGAUCCGCGAGCACGCGAGAAGACAGCUACCGUUCUUCGACGCCACGGCCGAUACAGCAUCAAUCUUCUACAUUACACGCACGGCAGGAACACCCAGUGCAGAAUACGGCAAUGUCGUCUUAUCAGGACUAUUCCGACUCGGCAUUUUUGGCGAGUCUGACAACGGUUAAUCAAGCCAGCUUGGCAAUGAGCCCCACACAAUACAAUGUCAACGGUGCGGAGAUGCAGCGUGCAUCGCCGAACAUUAACUCAACGUAUGGCUCGUCACAUUUGGGCCAGUCGUCUUUUGAUGGCAGCAUGACAGAAUCUGCAAUGAGAGAACGCAUGUAUCAUACUUCGAGACGUCAGUAGAUAAAGACGUAGCUGCAACGAGCGCCCGCCUCUUGCGCCGCCUCUAGGUACAUUGUGUUAUUGGCACCUUG